GCUAAACGUCUAACGGCUAGUGCCUACCAAGGAACGGCAUGAGCGGGCUGGGGCACUUUAAAACAGAAUGGCUAACUAACAAUAAAUAUAGGAGAAUAGUCGGAUUUGCGCCUUCAGGAGUGAUCUUACAUGGGUCCGUUGGAACUCCAGGUAGUACUGCAAUAACACGUAUAGUCGUAGAAGAAGGUCAUCAAACAGAUUUACCGUGUGUGACGGAUCAGCCAUCGUUCAAUAAGACGGGCAACGUACUCAAGGUCUGGUGGUUUCACCAAAGACCGGGCAGAUCGUUUGCGGUCAACCCUUUCUAUACCAUCGAUCUCACUUCUUCGAAUCAGGUUCUGCGUUGGGCAUCAGAGAAGUGGACAUCUCGAGCCUACUUCAGCUUAUUAUCAUAUCCGUACUCGUUAAAGCUAAUUCGACUAGAACACUCGGAUGCGGGUGCGUACAUCUGCCAGGUGCACUUCAAAGAUGGCAGUAUACGAAAUGGAACCGUCCAGCUACAAGUUGUCGUACCCCCGUUACCUCCACACAUUUACACGGAAACUGGGGAGGAAGUUCAGACAAGCCUUGGACCCCUGAAUGAAACGUCCAAGCUUGUCCUCGUCUGUAAAGUCAAAGGAGGCAAACCAGCUCCCAGUGUAACAUGGAAGCGAGGAGGCACCGGCGAAAUCGAGGGCAACGUUCGUACGUCUCGUAUUGGUGACACAACCGCUUCGAUCCUCACUUUACAUCCACUUCAGCGCGAGCAUCACCUCGCUGAGUUCAUCUGUGAAUCUGCCAAUGACGAGAUCACUUACCACACGACCCAGUUGCGGCUUGAGCUCAAUCUAUCACCGCUCCUUGUCCAAAUUCGUCGAAGUGAUGCCGCGCUAAGUAGUGGCUACCAUGCCGAAAUUAUAUGUGAAGUGUGGGGUAGUGUCCCGCCUGCUAAGGUGUCUUGGUGGAAGAAUGGCAUUAAUCUUGAGCAGGACUUUGAGCACACGAGUAUGGAUGGAAAUUUGACGACUUCCGUGGUCCGAUUUCAGCCUCGAGCAGAAGACAAUGGACAGAGCUUGGUAUGUCGUGCAGAGAACCCUCGCAUGUCUGUGCUUGGGGUACGAGAAGACCAAUGGGACCUAAAUGUGCACUACCGUCCCGUGGUACGCGUUCAACUUGAUGCACCGGGCCAAGGGUCAAUAACGGAGGGCAGUGAUAUCUCAAUAUUGUGCCUUGUCGACGCUAACCCAGCACCGUUUGGCCCGCUCAUCUGGAAACACAAUGAGCACAAACUUUCGGCCACAUUAGGUUCUGGUGUGAGCGCACGUCGAAAUCGUCUUCACAUACGCAACGUCAGCCAUGGACAUGCCGGUAACUAUACGUGUGAAGCUGCGAAUGGCCAAGGGUCCGGCGUGUCGCCUGCGCUCUUUCUACGGAUAAAGCAUGUUCCCCUUUGCCGUCCUCACCAGCGAAUUGUAUAUCAUGCCCGGGUAGGUGAGACUAUUCGUGUGAAGUGUUCGGUCACCUCACAUCCCUCAUCGGUUUCCUUUCGAUGGAAGGUUAAUAGCACAACAACCGAAGGACGAGUUGACAGGUUUACAUGGGAUGGCACUACGAGUGAAGCAGAGUUUACGCCACGAGAUAGUGGCGAUUUUGGUACGUUACUUUGCUGGGCCAGGAAUCAGCUUGGAGAUCAACGAGAACCAUGCUCAUUCGUCAUUGUUGAUUUAGGCUCCCCUUGGCUGGCGGACGAGGUAACAAUUGCAGCUACGUUGUGUUUAGCUCUCCUAUUCGUCAUGUUAAUUUCGUUUGCAGUCGUAUUGCGGAACCGUCGCCGUGACCAUGACUAUAUGCAGGAGGCGUGCGAUUCGGGCCACGGUGGCGUUAUCGUGCUGAAGAGUAACGGGUGUAACAAUAACCAAUUUAAUGAUCCCGCCUUCCUCACGUGAAUGAGCACCUCAUCAGUAUCCUCAAAAGUAUCGUGAUACAUUGAAAUACACAAAUGACGAAGGGUUAAAGUUUUUAGCCGUUAGCAUUAUGCCAAGCAAUAAUCGUCGGUAAUGACGACCGUAGGUCCACUAAAACAACGGAAACCUUCCUACUAUAUAAGAGAAGGCGGAUCAUGGCCACAAAAACGGACGCAUCUCUUAGCUAUAUGCUGUUGCUAUCCUUGCCAGAACCUAGGGCAAAUUGUGAGUAUCGUAGCAUAAGUGGGAUGCCCACCUGUGAGCAAAUACAUUGGUGCUGAUUGUGAUUGUGAAGAGCAGGAGACUUUGCCUAUGCGGCCAACGAAAAACACAGAAUACAUGGAUGAACGAAUGAAAUAUGGAUGAGCUGUGGACCGAGUGAACGUCACUACCUGUACAGUAGAGACAAUAUCAGUAAAUAGAAAAGAUGGAUAAUCAUACCAAUGAUCACGAACUGGGCUCAUGUCGAACUGCGCUGGCGUAUCAAGGAUAAAGAAGAAAGCUGGAAAACAAUCGUAGAAAAGGUCCCAUCCGUCAAAGUUACACGACGGCCGAAACAUAAUCGUAGUUGCGCAAACCUCGGUUAGAAAAACACGGGAAUUAUGCGACACAUUAUGACGUAAUUUGACAUCUCAUCCGACUCUACUUUAAACGAUGUCUUAAUCCUAUCAGAGUCCCAUAAUAAGAGAACGUCUUGCCUUUCAAUCCACCUACAGUAGUAAUAUUAAUGACCAUUUCAAACCCAAUCCAAGCAGCAUGUGUGGAUACGAGCAAUGGAUUGUAUCAAGCGUGUACAGAUUGUGUUAUGGAAGACUGAUUGUUAGCUCUUGAACGGUUAACGAUCAAAGCUGCAAGAGCGUAAUGCUACUUCUGAAUAGGUUUCUAUUUCCCAUAUAUCACAAAACAAUCAAGAUCAAGAAGAUUUCAGGAAAUGGGACUUUGGUCUUUGUAUGUGCGUAUAUCAUACACUGCUCAGCACACUCGUCUUAGAAGUUGUCUAGCGGAUUUAUAUGGAAUCACUUAAAAGUUGCCUCUAGUGGCAGGUUAGUGUCAUGGCUAUCUCAUAUGUAUGUGGAUGCAAAAGGUAAAACGCGAUGAUAUUAUAAUAACAUCCUUAUUAAUAUAAUUAUAAACAAAUAAUAUAGGAUACAAAAGUCAUAAUGUAAGAGUAUUGGACGCAAGUAUAAAAAGUACGUGAGUCUGAAUUUUUGCGUUCUUGCGGUUAGCUUAUAAUAGUAUUAUUGACUGCAAUCGCUCAAUCGGGGUCAUCUAGCGCACUCACAAAGAAAUGGUGGGUCUUAAACGUAGGUAGUACGAACGGGUCAAACUUUGACGAACGUUACCGGAGAACGAUACAAUUAAUAUCAAGAUUUACAUGAAUUAAUAUACAUUGCAUGUUGUGUAAAAGUAACAAGACAAAGCUGAAAAAAAGAACAGAUAAUCCAAACCGGCGACAAACAGCAGCGAUUUGAUAUCAUUUACUAUGCGAACUUACAUUUCUUACACGAAGUACCACAGGACAACUUAUAAUAGCCAGAAUAAGGAUGAUAAAGUAUUUUAGGCUGGAGGUAAAUGCUGCGGUGGAGAGUUUCUAGCAGGCAGACGGGCACUUUUGAACGUGUGACAAAUCGACUAAAUCCUAAAAUUUAGGUGCAGGCAAAAAGAAGCGCCAUUUUAACUAAAUAUGCAAUCGAGGUACUUCAUUCUCAUCGUCUCGUGCCAAUUGUCAGUCUAACUAAAACGACACGUAUGGUAUAAGUGAGAAAAGGUCAGCUGGUACCAUAGUCACGUACAUACAAAUGAAUUGAACCUUCGAUCGAAAAGAAGCAACGCUGAAUUUUCAGUCGCCGCAUUUACCCUUCUUUACCUACGGCCGUUGUACGUAAAUGAGGGUAUCUUCUAAUCGUUUGUACAGGGAGCAAUACGUGUCAGCAAUGAAAAACCCAGAUUCCUGACGGUGACGACACAAACUGGAUGCAUAGCAUACACGUUGAUUACUAGCGAAUUUAUUAACAAUAAUAGAAAGGAAAUGUUUAGGUACAUCUACAUAGGAACAAUGGUAGCUGACUUCUGAUCUGCUUUUCGUGAACAAGGUUAGGAUUUCAGCUAUUAUAAUCGUAUACCUCACCCAUGUACAGCCGCUAUACCGGCCAAAGUUUGAGGAAUUACGAAUACCAAAAAGUCGUUGAGCGGUCGAGAGUGGGGGUGGGUUGAAAGGGACUGGUGUUUAAGGUGGGUUCGAUGUCCGACACGAUGCGGUAGGAACGUGUUUAUCUACUGAGCUGGUGCAGGUUCUUCUUUCGGGUCUGCCCUGGUAAAAUGCCUAACGGCAAUACGAGAGCUAAAUCUCGAAACAUAGGGGUUCUAGCUUGAGCGUAAGUACACGGCUCGAUUUGUGCUAAGAACGGUCAGCCGCCCGAAGUAGUACCCAGUGACAGCGCUAGCCAUAUGAUUUUUCGACGCGUCGAAUCUACAUUGAGGACGGGAAUGGCUGAUAAUUGCCGAAAUGGCACUAUUCGGGUGUGCAUAGCUAUUAUUUUAUGCAUGAUAUACAUAGUGCUAGAUACAGGAGCAAUGGACGACAACCAAUUGUGGUACACAGUUUAAUACCGGGUAAGAGAAAACAGCCUAAAUUUGUUUAGUUUUCUGUGAAAUCUACUUUAAAGAAGAGUAGAUUGAGGAAAGGCAAAUAGACGACGCCGGUAUAUAAAUAAAUGUAUGUAGAUGUAUUGCAGAGUUGUUCAGUCACAAUGAGAAAAACUAACGUAAGGGUCUAACGUUUUAGGUCGUAGGCUUUUGCACGCAAUCAUCAUACGGUAGUCUCACAACAUUAUCUGUAACGACAGCGGCGCAAAGGAGAGAUAGCUCGAUGCGUCCACAUGUACAAAUUCUAAUUAUAUGUAUAUAUAUAUACAUCAAUUGAUCUGAAUCAACUGAUUCUGAACAUUGCACCGCUACUGAUAACUGAAAACGAUAAACUAGUAACGAAGAGGAACAAUAAUCUAAAUACAUUUACGUAGUUAAUCGCGCUGCAGAGUAACAAUAUCCGCAACUAACGAGUGAAGUAAUUGUAGAAAAGCUGACUGCUUAUCUUCAAGUUGUUGAAGACCUAAAGAUGAGAUCUUCAGAAACGAGUAUACAAACAUUCGAUUGAUUCACAUGUAGUAUAUACCCUUAUAUCUAUUGAUGUUUUGUAGGUAUGUCUGAAUUGGCUUCCAGUUUUCCGACCGAGUCACUAAUGAUGUUAAGCAGAAGAAAUUUAGCACAAUUCAUAUCGACAGGGCAGAUUUUAUUCGACAUUUAAAGUACCGCUAAUCACUUACGGGUCUCCGUAAACGGUUAUAUAAAGAAAAAAAAAAAGAAAGAAAGAAAAAAAAUAGGAAUUAGGUUCUUGGAGAGACGUCGCUGUCUAAGCCUCGCCAACACUGCUCCACCCCGUUACUGGACCCACUUAUAAGCCUAUACAUGCAUAUAAGUACUAAUCACUAAUUAUACAAAAAGAAUGUUCAGGGUCUUUUCAAAAAAAAAAAAACAAAAAUAAAGGAGUGACAAAAAAGAUACUAUUGCCAAGACGACAGUCGGUUAGCAGAGCUACAUCACGAGAUAUUGGCGAAGAAAAACAGAAGGUCAACAACGAACGUAAUUCGAAAUUAUUCAUUGAAUCAAUAACACAUUAACUGUGUAGUGAUAUAAGCACACAAUUGAAGAUGGCAGCAGAACGAAAAAUAACGUCGGAUUAACAAUUCUCUCUCUCGCAUUGGUCUUUCCCUCGCUUUUGUACUGAACACAUCCAUCAACGAUAGCCAAUUGAUCAACGGAGCGAAAACGUAUAGUUCUCGUUUUAUCGUAUCAUAAACUAAAACCGGCCGUAUCGAGGAAGACAAAUUUAUUACCCCCCACUGUAAAUCCGGACAGCGAGAGAAAAGAGAAGGCGAGGCGCAAAGAACACCAGAAGAACAACGCAAGUUGGACACGCGAAGAAAGCUAAA